GGAAUGAUCACAUGACCUAGCCAGUGACGUCACUCCCUAGCUCAACAGGACAGACUGAGAACAGCCCUGUGCAACAAGCAUUUAAAGAAAGAAAGAAAAGAAACGGGAGUUGUGCUUUGAAUAAUCCUGUUGCAAUUGUCAGGAGAAGCUCAACAAUGAAACCACACUUACUUUACCAGCAGCUGAAGCCCUCAGGUGUCCUAGAUGAGAUGAUAAUUCAGCACAACACACAAGCCCUGAAGUAUUAUAGGUGUAUCCUGCUGACCGCCGGCCUGGUCACCCUCCUGCUGGCCGUAAUGUUUGUCCAGCUGCUGAUCUUUCCUCUGUUCCUCCCCCCUCUGAACCGCACGGAAGACACGCUGCUACCACAGGAGAGUGGCUCUUGCAGUGACCCCUGCAGGAUAGUGCUGGUGGAGAGCAUCCCAGAAGGGCUGGUCUUCAACUCCAGCACCUCUAACCCUUCCAUCUACCAGGCUUGGAUGAACCUGAUUGAAGAGGCCCGGAGCAGUGUGGACAUCGCCUCUUUUUAUUGGACGAUGACCAACGAGGACACGAAGACCGAAGAGCAGACGGCCUGGCAGGGGGAGAGGGUCCUGAAAGAGCUGGUGAAGUUGCCUGGGAAUGGGGUCUCGGUGCGGGUUGCUGUCAACACCCCGCAUGCCUCUCCGCUUCAGAGUGACCUGCAGGCCCUGCUGGAUGGGGGUGCUGUCGUUCGUGAAGUGAACCUGCCCAAGCUGACGGGCGGCGUCUUGCACACCAAGUUCUGGGUGGUGGACAAGAAGCACGUCUUCAUCGGGAGCGCCAACAUGGACUGGAGAUCGCUGACGCAGGUAAAGGAGUUGGGUGCAACUGUGUACAACUGCAGCUGCCUGGCCCAAGACUUGGAGAAGAUCUUUGAAGUCUAUUGGUUCCUAGGGCAGCCUGACGCCACUGUCCCCUCUCAUUGGCCCAGUAACUACUCCACCCCCUACAACAAGGACACACCCCUCGAAUUGCCUCUUAAUGGGACCUUGUCCAGCGUUUACCUGUCGAGCGCCCCUCCAGCGCUGUGUCCAGAAGGACGGACUCAGGACCUGCAGUCCAUUCUCAGUGUCAUCGACGACGCGCAGGACUUUGUGGACAUCGCUGUCAUGAACUACCUCCCCACCAUGGAGUACUCGAACCCCAAAAGGUACUGGGCUGCCAUCGACACUGAGCUGCGCCGGGCUGCGUACGAGAGGCGUGUGCGCGUGCGUCUUCUCAUCAGCUGCUGGCCUCACUCCGAGCCCACCAUGUUCCCCUUCCUGCGCUCUCUGGCCACCGUCAACGACCGCGAGAGCGGGCUGGACAUCCAAGUGAAGCUGUUCGUGGUCCCCUCCACUCAGGUUCAAGCCCAGAUCCCCUUUGCCAGAGUCAACCACAACAAGUACAUGGUGACUGACAAAGUGGCCUAUAUCGGCACAUCUAACUGGUCUGGAGAUUAUUUCUUGAAAACUGCGGGCUCUGCGCUGGUGGUGAAUCAGACAGCGUCCCAAUCCAGCGAGCCCACAGUGCAGGAGCAGCUGCAGGCCGUGUUCCAGAGGGACUGGGAGUCCAUCUACAGCACCCAGCUCAACCAGGACACUGACAUCGGCGACAUCUGCACAGUGAAAUGAGAGCCGAGAGGAAUGCAGGCACGCUGCCCAGAGCACUGGAGAAGCAGCCUCCCUCCCCAGGGAAAGAGCGCGUCUACUACUGCAGACAGACAUCUCCACUGCCUCCAAAACAGAGCCAGCAACAAUAUAGCGUCUUCCAUUCACUUACCAGCAGUGUGCUGGGGAAAAACACAGUCAUUUUGCACUGAAACACUGCAUGCAACAGAUAUGUGUAUGCAGGUGUCUAUCUAUCUAUCUAUCUAUCUAUCUAUCUAUCUAUCUAUCUAUCUAUCUAUAAUGAAAAGUCAUUGCUAAACUGGAAACUCUGUGUUUUAGUAAUUGGAUGCAGUCUUUCAGCUUCUGUGUUCUUGAGUACACUUCCUGUUUUCUACCAUGCUAUCCGAUGAAGGCGGAAGAUGUAAGAUUGUAGCUAAUUAUUAUCCUGAUGAUUUGGAUCCUGAUUUUCUGUAUAUAUAGUUUAGUUUUUAAGGCUGUCGUAAUUGCUUAUUGAAAUUUCACUUGGUGUUUUUAACCCUAAUGAGUAAAUUAAAUACCUAAUUCUUUUAAUUUUUUUUUUUUUUUUCGAUAUCUGUGGUAUUGUUAAAGCCUCGAUCAAAUGUGGACUAAAGUUUUCGAAUUACAAAGGGUGCCGUUUGGGAAAUAUUUCAGGUAGUGCAUCUUUGUAACUCUGGGAGUGUGAUUUCAUUUUUAAAUAAAAUGCGACUUGAGU